AUGGCCGGACCCGGAGCGCUGCAGCCAGGGGAGCCCGCCGACAGUGCCCAACCGGCCUCGUCCCAGCCGCAAGACCGUGCCCCGCUCACGCCGGAACAGAAGCGGCAGCAAGAGAUAAACCUCAAGCCGUACUCGUCCGAAGACGACCAGGGGCGUGUCUACUCUGAGAUCGAGCAUGCCAUGUACGUCCUCAACGUCGACCUGUGGUCAGAGGACGCCCUAAAGGAAGUGAACCUUGUCCGACACACCACGGCGACGCCCUCAAUAUCGUCAACGUCUCCGGCGUCGUAUGCGCAGAUUGAACAGAGCGCGCCAACAUAUUCUCACAUGAUGCCUUCCAGCCGGGAUCUGGGGUACCCCCAGCAGAUGGCCUACCCUCCCCCGGGCCAGGUUGUUAGCCCUUAUGGCAUGCAGCAACAAUAUGCGCAAGCAGGAUUUGUCUCGCCUAAUGGAACCAGCUACCAACCCCCCAACCAGUACUACCCCCAGGAUCUCCGACCCGAGUUGCAGGGCCUUAACCAGCUCGUGACCUCGCCCUACGGUCCGCCACGCGUCUACGACCCCCAGUUCGGCGGCAUGCCUCAUCGCAUGUCCCUCAGCGGCAACCCGCCGUCCGGCAUGUUUACCCGGAAUCUCAUCGGGAGCCUAGCUGCCAGCGCUUUCCGUCUCCAGGAUCCCCAGGAUAAAAUUGGCAUCUGGUUCAUCCUUCAGGAUCUCAGCGUCCGCACCGAGGGCUGCUUCCGACUCCGGUUCUCCUUCGUGAAUGUUGGCGCUCCUGGCCAGUCAGGCUCUGGCGCGAUCAACGUCGGCAAGGCUCCCGUCUUAGCCUCGGUUUUCAGCGACGUCUUCCAAGUUUACUCGGCCAAGAAGUUCCCCGGCGUUUGCGAAAGCACUCCGUUGAGCAAAUGCUUUGCCAGCCAGGGCAUCAAGAUACCCAUCCGCAAAGACAACCCGAACAAGAAUUCGAAUCAAGACGACGACGACUACGACUAG